CUAGCGAGGGGAGAUGGUAGCUAGUCAAUUUCGGCGGAGAAAAAAAAAAGAACACUUCUCGGCAUCUCAAAACGACGUUAUUUCGCCGAGGAGCUAAUCGAGGAAAAUGACUUUUAGGCAUUCCCCUGUUAAUUCCACGCCGAGAAGACAAUUUUCCUCCGAGAAGUUCCCCCUUUCGCCCUCCGAGCCUUGGCAGCUAAACCGGGCUAGCGGAGCCGGAUCAUUUUGAUGAGCGACUCGCCCGGAUCGGCCGUUCCGUCGCUUCUUCUUCUUCUUCUUCUUCUUUUUGUGUGGGGGAACAUUUGAACAAAGCCCCUUCCAUGCUGGACGAUAGCGUCCACCAAACUUUUCGCAUCUGGUGGUGAGAUUAAGUUCGCGAGCCGAACAGCUGUUUCAGUAUUGCCCGGAGCGAAGGAACAGCCUGUUUCGGGAAAACCAGAGUUGCAUUGCGCACGGAAGAGAGGAGGAGGAGGAGGAGGGGGGUGUGUGUGUGGAAAGAGAGACCCGUUAAGACGAAGGGACCCAGGGGCAGAAAAUUAUUUUGCCAGUGAUGGCAAGCGAGCCGAUAAUCCUAAACGUUUACGAUAUGUACUGGAUCAAUGAGUUCACCACCUCUCUGGGAAUUGGAGUCUUUCACUCAGGGAUUGAGGUUUAUGGCCGAGAGUUCGCCUAUGGCGGGCACCCAUAUCCAUUCUCAGGGAUCUUUGAGAUUACACCGGGUGAUGCCAUAGAACUUGGGGAGACCUUUAAAUUCAAAGAAGCCAUAGUCCUAGGCAGCACAGAUUUCACGGAGGAGGAUGUGGAGCGUAUUGUGGAGGAGAUGGGGAAGGAAUAUAAGGGGAACGCCUACCACCUCAUGCACAAAAACUGCAACCAUUUUUCUUCCGCUCUGUCUGAGAUCCUGUGCGGAAGGGAGAUCCCUCGUUGGGUCAACCGGCUGGCCUACUUUAGCUCCUGUGUGCCCUUCCUGCAGAGCUGUCUGCCUAAGGAGUGGCUGACCCCGGCCGCCCUGCAGUCCAGUGUGAGUCAGGAGCUCCAUGGGGGAGGAGGGGAGCUGGAAGAGGCGGAGGACGCGGCCGCCACUGCCUCCCUGGCCUCCAUGUCACCCUGUUCUCCUUCGUCCUCCAGCCCCUCCUCACUGCCCUGCCCGCCCCGAUACCAGCCGCGGCGAUAGAAGGAGACCCAGUGCAGUGGCCUUUUCACAGUUUGGAGAGAGAAACCGGCGGCAAAUGAAAAACAACAACAACAACAACAACAAAAGCCACAGUUUUUGUCCAACAGCUGUCAUGAACUGUUGAUGUGCCUUGGAGCAAGGCACCAAAUACUACCUGAUCUCUACUUGUUGGUUGCUCUGAGUGGUAGUGCUGCAUAAAAGCCUAAAAGUUGAAAUAUAAAUAUUUGCCGGUGCAGAGGAAGGGUUCUUAUCUGCUGAGGAAGAAACUUUACCUCCUCACCAAGGUGGGAAGUGAACCCGCGGCAUCUGACAGAGGGAAGUGGCUGGUGAGGCUUCAAGAGUCACUGUCAUUUACUUUCAAACCAGCCAAACUUUUUUUUUCUUUUUUUUUAAACAGAACAGAAAGUAUACCGUGUCUUUGAGACUGUCUGGUAUGAAAGUCCAACACAUGGUUAGUGUUGGCUGUCUGUCUUCACAGCAAGUAAACAAGCCUCUUCCAAAUGGUUUUUCAAGUCACUAGAGGUGCGUGUGCAUGUUUAGGGAUCUCUGACUUUUGCCCUCCUACGUGUUAUUGUUUUGAGUGUUGGACCUUUGAAUGAAUGCAAAGUCUUUUCCUAACUAAGAUUCCCCCCAGAACCACAGCUUGAGGUCAUACGCAAUAAUGAAUUGCAUUGUUUAGAUAAUGCGUACAAGCGGGAUCCAGGUGGUAUUCUCAAAUUGUCAUCUUGACAAUACAAAGGGAAUCUGCAGGGAGACAACUUGGUGCUGAUAUAAAUCUGUUUACUCAAACUCUGACUUGAGUGCCACGGUUCACAGGCAAAUGAGGCAAUGUAACUAUGGGUAGAGUUUUGCUUAGAGAAGCUACACUGUAACCUGAAGGUACCAGGUUCCGGUCUCCACGAUCCAUUGCCUGCCCUCCUUAAGAGCUAGGUUCAAGUUUUGUUGAACGUAGACCUUGUUAAGAUGUUGGGUGUCAUUUAGA